AUGACAGCGGGAACGGUUGUGAUCACGGGCGGAAUCCUAGCUGCGGUCAUCCUCCUCUGCAUCAUCGCGGUCCUGUGCUACUGUAGGCUCCAGUAUUACUGCUGCAAGAGGAGCAGAGAGGAGGAUGCCGAGGAGGAGGAGGAGGACCACGACCGACCCAUACCCCCCGGAGUCCCCCCCUGCAAUGCCUGCAGCUCCCAAGCCCUGGACGGCAGAGGCAGCCUGGCGCCUCUCACCAGCGAGCCCUGCGGCCAGCCGUGCGGGGUGGCGGCCCGCCACUGUGCCACCUGCUCCCCAUACAGCUCCCCCUUUUACAUACGGACGGCCGACAUGGUGCCCAACGGGGGCGGAGGCGAGAGGCUGUCCUUUGCUCCCACGUACUACAAGGAGGGGGGCCCCUCAUCCCUCCAACUGGCAGCCCCCCAGAGUUACCCGGUGACAUGGCCAGGCUCUGGGCGUGAGGCCUUCACCAAUCCAAGGGCUAUUAGUACAGACGUGUGA